AUGCUCUACCUUUGCCGAGCUAUCGCUGGUAUUGGCGGCGGCGGCGUACUGAAUCUUUCGAACAUCAUUAUAUCGGAUAUUGUCACUCUUGAGCAGAGAGGAAAGAUCCAAGGCGUUGUCGGCGCUACCGUUGGACUGGGUAAUAUUAUUGGUCCAUUUAUAGCUGCCGGUGUCAUAGGACAGACGUCAUGGAGAGCCUUCUUUUGGAUUCUAUCACCAUUGUCAUUUUGUACAGCGGUACUUUCUUACUUCUUUCUUCCUUCUAAGCCCGCUACUGUUGGGUUCUGGGAAGGAAUACGAAAAAUUGAUUGGAUGGGCACAUUCGUCUCGGGCAUAUCUAUCGUUCUUCUCCUCAUUCCCAUCUCCGGAGGAGGAUCCUACUUCUCUUGGGACUCGCCUCUCUCCAUAAGUAUGCUCAGUACUGGUGGUGCUUUAUUUAUUGCAUUUAUCGUGUGGGAAUGGAAGAUGGCAAAACUUCCCAUGAUGCCAGUCAACAUCUAUAAGAACAUAACGUUGUCCAUCAUGCUGGCCCAGAAUUUCUUGUUCGGUGCUGUUUAUCAGUCGUAUCUAUAUUACGUUCCUCUCUAUCUUCAGAAUCCUCGUCAGUACAGUGCCAUGGAGUCCGCGGCAAUCUACACUCCUUUAGUGGCUGCGCAGGCGAUUUUUUCGAUUGCUUCAGGACAGUAUAUCAGUUUUCGUCUGAGAUAUGGAGAGGUUAUUUAUACUGGCUUUGCACUUUGGACGCUUGGCGCGGGUCUAGCUCUGAUCCUCAAUCGACACACUAGCGCUGCAGUCAUCGCCGUCAUUUUAGCCGUUGUUGGUGCAGGAGUAGGGUGUAUUUUCCAGCCAACCCUUAUCGCUCUCCAGGCACAUUCACCAAAGAGUCGCCGAGCUGUCAUUAUCUCGAAUCGAAACUUCUAUCGUUGUAUGGGCGGUGCUUGUGGCCUCGCUAUCUCGGCUGCAGUCCUCCAAGCUCGUUUGAGCGCAGCCUUACCAGUUGCGCACAAAGAUCUUGCCAGCUCAACGUACGUAUUACCGGAUGACAUGCGUGGGAAGGCCGGUGUACUGGAAGCCUACAUGUCAGCGAGUCAUAGUGUUUUUAUUCUCCAAAUACCCCUCAUAGGUGCAUGCUUGCUUAGUACAAUUUUUAUUCGGGAUCGUGGUUUGGAUCCAGUCAAGGAGACUUAG